CCAGGGUGGCGGCUCUGCUCCCCAACCCACUGUCCCUCCCAUCCAGAGGAAGGUCCAUGUCCUCAACGGUGCGCGGCUGAGAUACUGCCCCGUCCUUCCCAAUGCAUGUCUGCGGACGGACGGAUGGACAGGAAGACACACGCAGCCGCCCAGAGAGUAGCCACAUCGUGUGGGUAUGCUGUGGCCCCAUCUCCCUCCCAGACAGCGUGCACAUGUUCCUGAGGGAGGAGGACAGAAGAACCCUGGUGUGCAAGCGUGAGUCCCUGCCCCUCAGCCACGCACUGACGCUGGCCGUGAGGACCUCCCGGGCCAGGUGGUACCAUGGCAUCUGUGAGCAGCCUGGCCGACGAAGUCAGCUGCCCCAUCUGCCAGGGCACGCUAAGGGAGCCAGUAACCGUUGACUGCGGCCACAACUACUGCCGGGCCUGCCUCACCCGCUACUGUGAGAUCCCGGGCCCUGACCCCAACGAGCCCCUCCACUGCCCCCUAUGCAAGGAGCCUUUCCGCCUGGGGGGCUUCCGACCCAACUGGCAGCUGGCCAGCGUGGUGGAGAAUAUUGAGCGCCUUACGCUGGUGUCCACGCUGGGCUCAGACCAGGAGGACGUCUGCCAGGAGCAUGGGGAGAAGAUCUACUUCUUCUGUGAGGACGAUGAGGCGCAGUUGUGUGUGGUGUGCCGGGAGGCCCAGGAGCACCAGGCCCACACCGUGCGCUUCCUGGACGAGGCAGCAGGGCCCUACAGGGAGCAAAUACAGAAGUGUCUUGAGUGUCUGAGAAGAGAGAGAGAGGAGAUUCAAAGAAUCCAGUCGAGAGAAAACCAGCGGAUACAAGUCCUCCUAUGCCAGGUGGCCACCAAAAGACAAAAAGUGAUUUUCGAGUUUGCACAUCUGAGUCAGUUCCUGGAGGAGCAGCAGAGCGUCCUUUUAGCUGAGCUGGAGAAGCUGGAUGGCGACAUCCUGAAGCAACGGGAUGUCUUUGACGCCCUGGUCAGUGAGGAGAUCUGCCGGUUUAGCACCCUGGUGGCCGAGCUGGAGGAGAAGCUGGAGAGGCCCGCCAGGGAGCUGCUGACGCAGGUGUGCAAGUCACUUCACUGCAUGGACCAUGAAAUAAAGGGCUUGGCCUCCAUGAUCCCGGACGCCUUGCCAACCCUACAAUUCUGGGACUCCAGGACCCCAUAUGGGAACCCCAGGAGUGAAACCAGAAAGUGCCGAAAGCCAGAGGCUGUGUCUCAGGAGCUGGGCCAGAGAAUUCGGGACUUCCCCCAGCGGGUCCUGCCACUGCGCAGGGAGGUGACGACGUUUCUGGAGAAACUCUGCUUCGAGCUGGACUAUGAGCCAGCUCCCAUUUCCCUAGACCCGCAGACAUCACACCCCAAGCUCCUCCUGUCUGAGGACCACCGACGGGCUCAGUUCUCCUACAAAUGGCAGAACUCACCAGACAACAGCCAGCGUUUCGACCGGGCGACCUGCGUCCUGGCGCACGGCGGCUUCACAGAGGGGAGACACACAUGGAUGGUGAUGGUGGACCUGGCCCACGGGGGCAGCUGCACGGUGGGCGUGGUGCGAGAGGAUGUGAAGCGCAAGGGGGAGCUGAAGCUGCGGCCUGAGGAAGGCGUGUGGGCCGUGAGGCUGGCCUGGGGCUUUGUCUCUGCCCUGGGCUCCUUCCCCAUGAGACUGGCCCUGCAGGAGCAGCCCCGCCAGGUGCGUGUGACCCUCGACUACGAGGUGGGCUGGGUGACCUUUGUCAACGCCGUCAGCCAGGAGCCCAUCUAUACCUUCACAACGUCCUUCACCCAAAAGGUCUUUCCCUUCUUCGGGCUCUGGGGCCGAGGGUCCAGCUUCUCCCUGAGCCCCUGAGAAGGUGCAGUCACCUGAGGCAGGUACUUGGCUCGGAGGAGGGCUACUCAGACUCACACCCCCUGUGCCACCUGGGGGCAGGGACAGAAACAGAGCACACUCAGGACUUGACAAGGACCAGCUGGGGUGAUCCCUGGUCUGCCCACCAGGGCACGGCUGGGGGUCCAGGGAUGCGGGCCUGCCAGCAUCCUCACCACCAUCCCCAGUGGAGCAGGAGCAGCCACUAGAUGAGCGUCCUGGGUUAGGAGCCAGAGGGCCAACCUAUGGCCCACCAACUGUGUGACCUUAGGCAAGGCACCUAUCUUCAUUAUGUCUUCUUCCAGAAAAAUGAGAGUUCACUCACUUGUACCUUCAAGAAACAUUUAUUGUGUGCGACCAUGAGCCAAGCAGGAUGGGAGCUCCUGGUGGUGUGAAAACGGAAAGGAAAUGUGUUGGGUGUUGGGUGUCCAGAGGGAGUCACGGACAGGGGCAUAACAGGUGCUGGGCAGAGGUUGCCCUGGGGUCAGGGAGCUCAGCAGGAGGGGCCCAGUAU